UGAACUACGUCAUGUGAUCGCCAAAACAAAAUGGCGGGUAGAAACAUAAGUUACACGAAGCAAGCGACCCCUGCUUUUAUACAACAAUUCAAAGAAAGGGUAGGCUACAAAGAGCCGGAUAACGUGGACAGCAAGCGCGCCGAGGCUGAGAAAAGUCAGAAAGAAGACGAAGUUGACCGGGAAGGCGAGCAACCAGUGGUAGUACUUGGGAAAAACGUUAGCGAGGCGGAGGCAGAAAGCUUUCUAGCGAGUCAACUGGAGAAUGAAAGCCAAGAUAAUCAAGAUGAGGAGGAAGAAGAUAAGAAAAAUGAAGUAGAAGGAAAAUUCGUUUUCAAGAAACCAAAAAAGAGAAAAUCAGAGAAAAGCAAAUUAAAAGAGGAUGAAAAGGACAAAGCUAAACGUAAGAAGUCAAGUAGUAUGAAGAAAGUGAAAAACACUAAACUGUUGUCUUUUGGGGAUGAUGAAGAUGAUGUAGACUAAAGUUGCACCACAGGUAGUCAAGGAAUGAUACACAGGUAGCUCACGCACCUAUCAAGGCAUGCGUUUAGGACCUUACCAUGGCUAUAUUCCUUCUAAUUUUUACUGAGAGCCCAGUUCUAGUAAGUCUCGUGCACAGCCAUCAUUAGUGUCCAUCUGAAAGGAAUUUUAUCCUGACACUAAUAACGGCUGGAGUAUGACUCCCGGGCAUUCUAGCCUGCAUAGCUGGCAAUUAAUAUGAGUUUUACCGGGUGCCCCUCACACUAGCCCCAGCUCUCUCGCUUGGCCUUUCAAAAAGCUAACAAAGCAAACUAUGAAUCAGUAACGAAUAUUCACCGAUAGAAAAUUGCUUUGAAACUUGACAUAACCGCCAGCAACGAAAAGCUACAGGCAUUCCUACUGGGUUUCCUGUUCUUGGAGAUGAACCUUUGGUUUCCUGUGACGUCACAACUCUUACCAACCACAGGUAGCCCACAAGAAACCCAGGCUACAACUCCAAGGACAAAGCUGGCUUAUAUAUAAACAUGGAGUGGGGGGUGGGGGUCCAGAUGCAUCAUUCUUCUGCUUCACAUUUAGUACCCUUCAAACACAUGGUAAUAAAUUCACACCACUUACCCCCUCCCCCCUCCAAAAAAAAUAAGAUCAAGUAAAUAUAUGUUGGGCACCCUGUGGAGUGAAAAGGCGGCUAUCUCUACUCCCCAGCCAUUGGGGAAUCAAUAAAAAAAUACUUAUCGCAA